AUGUUGACACGAAUCGACGAGGACGGAUCGAAAUCGGGGUCGCUGGAGGUGAUCUUCGGACCGAUGUUCAGUGGGAAGUCCACUGAGCUGCAGAGACGGCUUCGGAGGCAUAAUGUAGCGAAUAGGCGCGUGCUCGUGGUGAAGUACGCGGGUGAUAACAGAUAUGACGGCGCGGUGGGUUCGACGACGUCGGCGGUGACGCACGAUCUGGCGACGAUGCCGGCGCUGCCAGCGAAGGAUUUGAAAAACAUCGAUAACGUGUCGCACAACUACGACGUGAUCGGGAUCGAUGAGGGACAGUUCUUCGAUGACGUGGCGCACUACUGCGAAAAGUGGGCGCAGGCUGGGAAGACUGUCAUCGUGGCUGCGCUCGAUGCGACGUUUCAACGCAAGCCUUUCAACUCGGUGCUUCAGCUCGUGCCACUGGCGGAAAGUGUCACUAAAUUGACCGCCGUCUGCACAGAUUGCGCUGCAGAUGCUGCGUUCACCGCGCGCACAACGAAGGAGACGGCGGUGGAAGUCAUCGGGGGUGCCUCAUCGUACAAGGCUGUUUGCAGGCGUUGUUACGCGAAGUACGCCUCAGAAAUGCACGAGAACGGUGCGAGUGUAAAUGUUACAUCGGUGAAAGCCGCCGGGACGCCGCUGACGAAGCGUGUCGCUGAAAGCAUGAGCGAACUCACCCUGAAGACGCCGGCGCCAACGGAGAGCUCGUUCACGUUCACUACUCCGGCGACUCCACAGAUGGCUCGGGACACGACGCAGAAAAUGAAAAAUGUCGACGCAAUGUCUUCGAAGAGUGCGAAGAAGUCGCGUGGCUUCGGCGGCCCGGGACGGUCACCGUUGGGCGACUUCAUGAACGGUUCGGGUUUGCACCGUUCUCCACUCAGCACGCUGCGAUAG